CCCCUGGCUCCCUGGCUGCAACAUGUUCAGCGGCGCGCGGAGAAACCGUCGGCGGACAUGCCCAGCCCAAGGGAAGGGUCUGGAAUAGAACCGGCAUGCUGGGCGAUUCCAUAUUGGUCCCUCGCGGUAUAGAACACCGAUUGACCGAGGCCUGUCGUCCUUGACUGUUCUUGCCCGCGCCCGCGCUCGACUCGCAGUCACCGAGGCAUGUCGCGGCUCUGCACUUACAUAGCAGACUAGCUGCGCAGCUGUGGACCCGACAAGUCGGGACCCGCUGCGAUAAGAACGUGCGUUGUUGUCGUCUCAAAACUUGACGAGGAGGAGAGUGAGAAAAGCCACAAGCCGGUAAUGCAGUUGCGACGUACUGAAUGUAGCUGGGAAGGGCUUCAACGCGAGGUAUAAAUGCGUGACGGUGAGCUGGCGCCUACUUCGCAACCCGCGACCACACAGCCCACCGCCACCCCCCUCAGCAUGAGCACAGACUACUCCCCCGAGCUGGACAAGCUCGACAAGCUCAAGCUCGCGCACGACACGCCCGACGGCGAGCUCGCGCACGCGCCCCUCGCCGAGCUCGAGGGCAACCCCCGCCGCCACACCUUCAACGCCACGACCAAGCUGUCGGCCAUCUUCACGGUCGUGUUUUCGGGCAUUGCGCUCACGUCGGACGGCUACAAUGCCGCCGUGGUCGGCAACCUCAACCUGCUGUUCAAGCAGCUCUACCCCGCCACCGUGUUCUCCCCGACCAUCAAGACCCGCAUCUCGAACGCCUUCUUCAUCGGCGAGAUCGUCGGCAUGCUCGCCUUCGGCAUGAUCAUCGACCGCAUCGGGCGCAAGUUUGGCGUGGUGCUGACCACCACGCUGCUCAUCCUGGGCAUCAUCAUCAGCGCGGCCGCGCACGGAACCACCGACCUCGGCAUGUUCUGGAUGCUUAUCGUCGGGCGCGGGCUGGCCGGCGUCGGCGCGGGCGGCGAGUACCCCGUGUGCGGGACGAGCUCGAUCGAGGCGGCCGACGAGACGUCCCAUGUGCGCAAGCACCGCGGCUUCCUCAUCGCCGCCGUGGGCGACUUUGCCAUCGACUUUGGCUUCGUGCUCGCCGGCAUCGUCGUGCUCAUCGUCCUCACCGCGUACGGGUACGGCAUCCACUCGACCGGCACCCACGGCUUCGCGGGCACCUGGCGCAUCUGCCUCGCGCUUGGCCUCAUCCCGCCCCUGGCCGUGUUCUACUUCCGCAUCAAGAUGGUCAACUCGACCGCGUACCGCAACCACGCGAUGAAGGGCACCAAGAUCAGCUGGAAGGUGAUCGGUCUCGCGUUCAGGCGAUACUGGCGCCGCAUCAUCGGUACCUGCGCCUGUUGGUUCCUGUACGACUUUUGCUCGUACCCCUUCGGCCUGUUCUCGAGCACCAUUGUCGGCCAGCUCAACCCGAACAACACAAUCAUCCAGAACAUUGGCUGGGGAACGCUCAUCAACGCGUUCCUCCUCCCUGGGUGCCUCAUCGGCGGCGUGCUCCUCGACCGUAUCGGACGCCGCCACACCCAGGCGUUCGGCUUCUUUGCACAGGGCAUCAUCGGCAUGAUCCUCGGCGGCGCGCUGUGGAAGAUCCAGCAGCACGUCGGCGCCUUCAUUGUGGUGUACGGCAUCUUCCUCGCUGUCGCCGAGGCUGGUCCCGGCGUCGCGACCAUCCUCAUUUCCGGCGAGGUCUACCCCACCCCGCUGCGCGGCCACAUGCUCGGCUUCUCCGCCGCGUGGGGCAAGGCUGGCGCCGCGAUCGGCACGCAGGUGUUCACGCCCAUCCAGAACGCCUUCUCCGACGACUUCAAGGGCCAGCAGGCGGUAUUCUUGAUCGGGUCAGCCGUGUCGAUCCUCGGCGGUAUUGUCACCUACCUCUGCAUUCCGGACACUGAGCACGAGCUCGAGAACGAGGACCUCGCGUGGCGCGCCUACCUCGAGGAGCACGGCGUCGACACCUCGGGUAUGGGCGAGCCGCUUGAGGCGAGUGCUGGGGCGGCCGUGCGGGCCAAGCUAUAGUCUGUUCAGAGUUGGGUUAUGCACAUAUGCUGUUGGAUGAGAGAGA